CCCAGCUCCCGGAGGAGGUGUCAGGAACUGAGCGGGGCCCGAGUUAAGGAGAUCUGUCACCGUGUAUGUCCCCGUACCGUCCCUUCGGCACGAACCCACAAUUUUUGUGCCUACAAAGGACACUGACCCCCGAAAGCCUCUCCUUCCCCAGCACCCCGACGCGGAGGGUGAUGUCCACGCUGGGAAGCGGGAGGUACCUCAGUCUCCUCAGCGUCCGGCCUGUCGCGCCUCUCGCCUUCCCGCCGCCAUCCCGGGCGCGCUGCGGGACCUCGCCGUCAGGUCUCGGCUGCCCGUUUCCCCUCAGGGCGGGCGAAGGCAGCGGGACGACCUCCUGACUGACAGGGGCGGGAACCGCGGCUGGCCGAGGACCCCGCGGGGCAGGGCCGGGGGGCGUGUGGGGAAGGGGAGGCUCCCCGCUCCCUCAGGGCCGCCCGCCGGCAGCUCUCCCGGGCCCGCACCCCGCGAGAGGGCGCUGGCGGCGGCACGCCGCUUCCCGGGAAGGCUGAAGUUUGAAAAAGUGCCGGUUGCUGGCGGUGCAGCGCGGAGCAAUGGCGGCGGGGACCCCGCAGGGCAGCUGUCUCUUGCAGCUGGGCAAUGGUGUGAACUUAAUGGAUCCCAGCUUCCAGCAAAAACUGGAGUGUGAGAAGGAACUACUUCGCCGCGCUAUACAGAAAGAACUGAAGAUUAAAGAGGGAGCAGAAAACCUGCGCAAAGCAACGGCAGACAGAAAGAAUCUUGUUCAUAUAGACCAUGUGCUGAAAUCUUCCAACCGAAAACUGGAGCAACUGCAUUGGGAACUUCAGGAGCUUAAUGCAAGGAUUGUAAUAACAGACAAAGAGAAGAGUAAGACAGAUGGAUCUGUAUCUCCAGAUCUUUGUCUCUGGGAAAGAAACCCGGACCCCGUGACAAGAAAGGUUGAAGCUCUGAAAAAGCAGCUGCAUGUUGAAAUGAAAGUGAAACAAGGAGCUGAGAACAUGAUCCAAAUGUAUUCAACAUCCAAGGAGCGGAAGCUGCUGGCUACAGCUCAGCAGAUGCUUCAGGACAGCAAGACAAAGAUUGAAAUAAUCCGCAUGCACAUUGUGAAAGUAUCUCAGUCAGCAGGAGGGAUGGAAGAUACAGUGGAUCCAGCAGUGAGAAUGGGGACCACUAUCAGUGCUUUGGAGCUGCGUAUUGAGGAGCUGAGACAUCACCUGCGCAUCGAAGCUGCUGUAGCUGAGGGGGCAAAAAAUGUGCUGAAGAUCCUAGGAGGGAGUCGGGUACAAGAUCGCAAGUUUUUGGCUGAGGCUCAGGGUCGUUUGCAAGAGUCCUCUCAGAAGAUUGACCUGCUGCGCUUGUCCUUGGAACGUCAGCUUAGUGAGCUUUCUCCUGAUCACCCGAAAAGAGCACUCAUCAAGCAGGAACUCAUAAAUACUUCCUCCCUGGGAGCUCAGCAUGGCAGCAUCCAACCCACUUCAGUUAUCAAACCUACAGCCCUUACAGGAACAUUGGAAGUGAGACUGAUGGGGUGUCAGGAUCUAUUGGAAAAUGUUCCAGGACGUUCCCGAAUGACAAGUUCUUCUCCCAUCUGUGGCAGCCCAAGUGAUUUGAGGUCCCUUUCCCGAACACGAGUUGGCCUGGGUAUUCAUGGCCGUAGUGUUGCAGGGAAGUACCUGCGGAAUGAAGAGCCAUGUAAUGAGGUCCUUGCUGUGCUCAAAGUGGACAAUAAAGUUGUUGGCCAAACAAACUGGGGACCAGUUAAUAACCAGGCAUGGGACCAGAGCUUUGUCAUUGAGCUGGACCGGUCUCGUGAGCUAGAAAUUGCAAUUUAUUGGAGAGACUGGAGAGAACUAUGUGCAGUGAAGUUUUUACGCUUGGAUGAUUUCCUUGAUAACGAACGUCAUGGGAUGUGCCUCUCGCUCGAACCCCAAGGAAUGCUUUUUGCAGAGGUGAUGUUCUGUAAUCCUGUUAUUGAGAGAAAGCCAAAACUGCAGCGACAGAAACGCAUUUUCCCCAAACAGAAAGGGAAGGAGUUUCUCCGAGCUCCUCAAAUGAACAUAAAUGUUGCUGCUUGGGGUCGCCUGAUGAUGAGUUUCCUCCCUCCGUGUAGUUCCAUGAGCACUCUGAGUCCCCCACUUCAUGAUCCCAUUCACACAGACUUCUCUCCGGUUUCCCCGCAAAGUCAUGUUGAUUCAAUGUCCAAAUUGAGUAGCGACUUUCCUGCUGCUAAGCUUACAUUUACUGAUGAAGCACCACCCAAGCCUCCACGCCUUUUUCUGAUGGCCAGCUCCAAAGAAUCAACACCAUCACUUGCAGAUUCUCCGUGUCUGAAGAGGCUACAUGUUGAGGAGAAGUCUUGCAGCUCUGCCAUAACAGAAUUUCCAAUCUCAGCAUCUCCGAGGAAAAGGACAGUUCAGCUUGAGGAUUUUCACUGCAUUGCUAUGUUGGGACGUGGCCACUUUGGGAAGGUACUGCUGGCCCAAUACAAGGCAACUGGGAAGCUGUAUGCUAUCAAAGCCUUGAAGAAAAAAGAUAUUAUUAGGAGAGAUGAAAUUGAUAGCUUGAACUGUGAGAAGCGAAUAUUUGAAGUGGUCAAUUCUUCUGAUCAUCCAUUCCUUGUGAACAUGUUUGCAUGUUUCCAGACACCUCAUCAUGCUUGUUUUGUGAUGGAAUAUACUCCGGGUGGUGAUCUUAUGAUGCGCAUACAUGAAGAUGUCUUUCCAGAGCAUAUGGCACAGUUUUAUACAGCCUGUGUAGUCUUGGGGCUCCAGUUCUUGCAUGAGAAGAAAAUUGUUUAUAGGGACCUGAAAUUGGAUAAUCUCCUUUUAGAUGCUGAAGGAUUUGUGAAGAUUGCAGAUUUUGGAUUGUGUAAGGAAGGAAUAGGUUUUGGAGACCGCACAAACACCUUCUGUGGCACCCCUGAAUUUCUGGCUCCAGAAGUCCUGACGGACAUCUCAUACACUCGAGCAGUAGACUGGUGGGGAUUGGGUGUACUCAUUUAUGAGAUGCUUGUUGGUGAGUCACCAUUCCCUGGAGAUGAUGAGGAAGAAGUCUUUGACAGUAUUGUCAACGAUGAAGUCCGGUAUCCAAGAUUCCUUUCGUCUGAGGCACUUUCUAUAAUCCGUAAGCUUCUUCGGAAAUGUCCAGAGCGUAGACUGGGAGCUGGGGAAAAAGAUGCAGAAGAGAUUAAAAUCCAGGCCUUUUUUAAGGAAAUUGAUUGGGAUGCCUUGUUUGCCAGGACUCUGAAGCCCCCUUUCGUGCCCACUUUAAGAGAUCCGACCGACAUCAGCAACUUUGAUGAAGAGUUUACAUCACAAAAGCCAAUCCUUACUCCUCCAGAGGAGGUUGCUCUCCUAACCCGUAAGGAGCAGACUGUCUUCAAGGACUUUGACUUUGUCUCCAGACACCUUUUAGAUGUUUGAUUCCUGUGCUAUAAGAAACAUGAACAGGUGGUUACCACAUUGAGGGAGGGUAGAGAGGACUUGGCAUGGGCAAUGGAAAAGUCAACAGAAUUCAUAGAACUGGUAGUGCUGAUGACCCCAGGAUGAGAGUGUUCUGCAAGCUGAGUUAACCUACUGUGGUUUUUGUCAGCCUCAUUUGUUGGAGGGAUACUAGAUGUCAAUUAUCUUUAAGGAGUAAUUAACAUUUGACUGGAUGCAGCUUCUGCUGCCAUUGAAUAUAGAUGGCAAUUUGGAAUUUAAGCUGGACUUAAUGAAAUCAAAUCAUCUCUGCAACCCAGGUUACUCUUUGCAAAAAACCUAAGUAGCACAGCUUUUUAAAGUUGCAUAGUAGCAUGGGGAAUGGCCGCUUCUCACCUAUUUUCUAGAAAAGAUAUGCAGCAUUCCCUCUUUGUAAUGAUUUUAUGCCCAUUCCCACUCAUAACCGUGUGUAUGCCAGAGAAGGAAUGGAUUUUAACACAACCAAGACAAGGACAUUCGGGUUUGAUAAUGAUCCAAGUGAUCUAUGUUAAGGAAAAGGAGUGUCUUUCUACUUCUUUGAGGAUGCUAAAUCUUAGCUAUUGUUUUUAGUGAUAUAAAAAAGCCACGGCUUUGCAUAUGCUUUUUUUUUUUUUUUUUUUUUUUUAAAUAAAGAUACCUUUCCUUGUAAUGAAGUUUCAGCUUUUCAUCUCCUUUGUGUUAGCUGAAUGUUUCAGAUCAGGGCUAACCAUAUUCUGCUCAACACGCAGGAUUUAAUUUUUAUCUGUAAAUGUCAAUAGUAAUAUUUUCUUCCUUCCUUCCUUCUCACUCAAGUUGUCUAUGUACGUACUGCAUGGUGUCAUCAGCUGUCACGUACAAGUGACUGCAGUCAAAUUGUUUCUCCACAGAUUUUAUCAAUGUUUAUAUCCUGUAUCUUUUUGGGAUAGCUAAAUAAUGACAGUAUUAAUAUUGGAAAAUCAGUAAGUUAAAGGUGAUUUCAUUUGCCUGGUAACAUAUCUUGUAAUUAUACUUGAUAAAAUACAUUUUCUUCUCUUAAAUUCAUAGUGUUAGCUUGUUGGGCAAAAAAAGGAAGGGUAUCUAGAAAUGAAGAAUCACAUUGACAACAAAUAGGGAUGCACAGCUAUUACUCUUUCAGUUUGUCAUCAAUGGAGGUAGACAGAAGUUGAACUAACACAGUUGUGCUAUAUCUGGAGAUAAGGUUCGGGUGCAGCUAGUGAGUCAUCAUUAUUAAAUCAAGGCUGGCCUAAGCGCUUCACAAUUCAGAAAGGUAAGAGCUAUGUUUGUGCAAAACAGAAAUAAUUCACACUGAACCUAAAUUUCCUAUUUUCAGAGCCAAGUAUAACUGCUUCUGAAAAUUCCCACAUACAAAUACCCUUUCAACUUCCUGCUCUGCCUUGCAGUGUAAUGGUCCAUUUAAAGCAGGAUACACAUUUUCCUCACUCGUUUGAAUAGUAAUGGUUGGCUUGCUGUUGGCCCCUGCAGUGCAUUUUGUGAUUUUACAGAGGCCU